CAGGAGCAAUGUUAUACAGUCGUCUAGUCGAACCUAGUCGCCAUGGCACCGAUAAGGCGACUAGUCGCGACUAGUCGGCGAUCAGGUCGAUUAGUCGACCCUAGUCGGUCCUAGUCGUCGCUAUAGUCGUCCUAUAUAUCCCAUGACAUAUAUGUACAUGUAUAUGUACUUAUAUACUACUCCCUCUGUUCCGUUUUAUAAGUCGUCCUGGCAACCGUGACUUUUGCCGAUUUAUAAGUCGUCCUGGCGGAGCCAAUUCAUUUGGCUUUCAUAUUUUCCUAAAAUACCCUCCCGGCAGUCUCCACUCUCAUAUCGCCGCCGCCGCCGCGUAGCGCUCUCUUCCUCCUCUCGAUCUGUUCUUGGCAAGGCGGGCGGCGGAGGCCGUGGACGCGGGCACGGUGAAGAGGAGGACGGCGCGGCGGAAGAAAGCGAGGUCCUCGGUCUCGUCGGCGUCUGUGAUGGCCGGGAGCGUCCGCGGCGGGAUGAGGCGUGGCGGGAGGAGGAAGACCGCCGGGAUGGAGAGUAGCAGCAGCGACAACACAUACGGCGAGGCGAUCUACGACGGCGGCAUCCCUGAGCUCUACAAGAUCCCGAUCCCGAUCCCGCUCCCCUGCAUCGGGGAGGCCGCGGCCCGCGUCUCACCGAGCUCCUCCCCGGCCCGCUCCGAGGCCUCGCGAUGCGCACCCUGCUACGCCGCCGAUGCGGAGCCGGACCCGGUGCCCCAGGUCGAGGCCUCCGUGGGGCGGAACACGCAGCUGCUGCUCGCGAUGGACGCCAUGGGCGGGCGCAGCGGGUACUACGGCCGCCGCCCGGCCUCGUCCUAUGGCAGCUGCGCCGCCGGGCCAAUCUGCAGCCCCGUGAGCAGCCGCGGCGGCGGCGGGACGACCGCGAGCCCCGCGCCGCAGACGACGACGCCUCGUUCGUCACGCCACAGAUGGUCAGUUUUUUUUCUUUCUGUUCUUUGCCUUCCUGGUGUCCCUUUCCACUGUCCCGGAUAGUUCUUGCUCGAGACGGAGGUGGCGCCACGGUUCUUGGUUCUUGAUUUAGCCUGCCGCCUGCAUUCGAUCUUGAUUGCUUACUUGGAUGAUGUUGUUCGCGGUUCUUGAAUGAUGUUGGAACAUGCCGAUAAAUCGAUGUUGGUUUUCUUUUCUGCUGUAGGUUGUUUCUUCUUUCUUGGAUGGAGUACCAUUCUCUCGUUUUUUUCCAAACAAUAAUCGGGUUAUUUAGUGUCUGAUUACAUCCAAUUGUUACAUGCACAAAUUAAUAAUCCAAAUAUACUACUCUUUGCAAAAUAAGCUGUAGUCUUUACAAAGAACUACUCCGUGAUGGUGGACUUCUCCGUGCUGGUCACGGGGGCGCCGGCUACUCCGUUUGGAGGAUGUCAGGCAUUCACUUCCCCUGACAGCUGCUGAUGCAGUUGCAACCAACGGUGUGAACCCUUGGAAUUGGAGAGACACCUCAACUAAUG